AUGGGGCCCCCGGGCAAUAGGGGAUCAUGGGGCCCCUGUGUCCUUGCUCAAACUCAAAAAUGCCUAUAAAAAAGGUACCAGGGGCAUCUCAUGGGGCCCCUACUGACCCCGGGCCCUCGGUCAGUGCCCGAGUUUUCAAAUGGUCAGUCCGCCCCUGGUUACAUGAGACUGCUAGAUAACAUUGCCAUUACAGCCCCUUUACAAACCAAUGCUGCACAAAGGGGGAAAAUCCCUGCCAGGUCUUUAUUGCUAUCUGUGUCCCCCUGUUGGAGAUUUCUCUCAUUUCCU